AUGGCGACCCCAGCUCAGAAGAAGCCCUUCCAUAUCGCCAUCAUUGGCGGCGGCAUCUCAGGCCUCAUGCUCGCCAUUGCUCUUCACAAGCGCAAGAUUAGCUGUACCAUCUACGAGCAGGCUGCUGCUUUUGGCGAGAUCGGCGCGGGCGUGUCCAUCUCGCGCAAUGCCGUGCGGGCCAUGGAGGUGAUCGACCGCAGCGUGGUCGGCGCCUUCAAUAUCGUGGCCACGCGUAACAAGUGGGAGGGCAAGAGGGGCGUGUGGUUCGACUUCAUGGACGGCAUGUCGCAUGAGCCAGCGCCUCGCCUCCAACCACUCUUCUCCAUGGUCGACCCGGGCGUGGGCCAGAACGCCGUGCACCGGGCACGGUUUCUCGACGAGCUGGUCAAGCUGCUGCCGAGAGGUGCCGCGCAGUUCCACAAGAAACUCGAUCACAUCCUGGAUGAUAGGAUCGGGUCCGGAAAGAUGCUGAUGAAGUUCAAGGACGGGUCGGUGGCCGAGGCAGACGCAAUCAUCGGGUGUGAUGGCAUCAAGUCACGCACCAGGGUGUCACUCGUGGGCGAAGGCCACCCCGCCGCCACGCCAGUGUAUACGCACAAGUAUGCCUACAGAGGGCUGGUCCCCAUGGACGAGGCCAUUCACGUCCUUGGCGAGGAGAGGGCGGUGAACGCGCACAUGUGGCUCGGCCAGAACAGACAUGUCCUAACAUUUCCCGUCGAUCACGGCGCAAUGAUGAACAUGGUGGCCUUUGUAACAAACAAUCGAGAAGAGUGGCCUAGCACGAGCAAGUUGACCCUCGCCACUACCAAGGCCGAGGCCCUGGAUGAUUUCCGCGAGUUCGGCGAAAAUGUCAAGAAUAUCAUCCAGCUCACGUCGGAUCGAUUGGACCGGUGGGCCAUCUUCGACCUGGGCGACCACCCAUUAUCGACAUACUACAAAGGCCGCGUAUGCCUGGUCGGUGACGCAGCACACGCCACCUCUCCUCACCACGGCGCGGGAGCGGGCUUUUGCAUCGAAGAUGCCGCGUUCUUGGCCUCCCUGCUCGCAGACCCGCAAGUCACAGAGCCCCUACACGUAGAGGUCGUCUUCGCAGUGUACGAUGCGCACAGGCGGGCUCGGACGCAGUGGCUGGUUCGCAGCUCGCGGCGUGCAGGCAACCUGUAUGAAUGGCUCACCCAGGACGUCGGCACAGACUUUGCCAGGAUGGAGAGGGAAUUGGCCCAGCGGCUGGGCCACAUCUGGGAUUUUGACCUCGAGGACUCGAUCCGGGAGGCUACCAAGGACCUGCACCGGCGACUGAACGUGCCGGGUGUCCACAAGUGCGACUCCCAGGUGAUGCCGUUUAUCACGAACGAGCAGGACGGCGUGGAGACGCAGUAA